AUGACGGGGUAUCUUGUUUGGGCUCAAGGGACUUGCCAACACUGCGACCAACGUUUAAUGGAAGAGAUAAAGCCCUUUCUGGGUAUCUCUUAUGCCUCGGUAGGGGUCUUUGUGCCCAAGCGGGUGAGCGAGAACCAGAAUUGGAAAACAUUCCUUAAUCAUUCCGCCUUUUUCGACGUGGCUGGUCCUCGAACGGCAUUCUUCCCCCGUCGAAUACAAACAAUCACUAACACGACGUGCAUCUGGAUUGAGUCGUCUUACUUUCACUUCAUGGCUUCGCUUCUGUUUCGGGCGUCGCCCAUCGACCCGGCCCUUCGUCCUCCAUCGCCGUCCACUUCGCCGUCGCACGAGCCAAGUUACAACCAUUCUUCCUCUUCCGUUGACAGCACCUCUGCUCAGUCGACAACGGACGCGGCCGCGGGUGCGUCGUCGGCAUCCUCGCAGUAUUCCGCACUCCCCGAUUUCGUUUCCCUCGAUAAGUCCAAUCACAGCCCGAGCAGCAGCAGCAACGGUAACAGUAGUGGUUUCCCCAGUUCUUUAGGACCGUCAUUACCGGGACUUUCAGCUUUGGCGUCGGUCGCAUCGGCUCCCACCUCCAAUCUACGAGCCUCGAGCAGCAAUGCGCAUCCCAACAUGGCCAAUAUGACCUACGCAACCUCCUCGCCCGCUGCGACGACUGGAGGCCAGGGAAAUAGCCCGCGCCCGCAUUUGCAGCCCGUGUGUCAAAAUUGUGGCACUUCCACCACCCCUCUAUGGCGCCGAGACGAACUCGGCUCAGUUCUCUGCAAUGCUUGUGGCUUAUUCUUGAAGCUGCACGGGAGACCCCGUCCGAUAAGUUUAAAAACCGAUGUCAUCAAAAGUCGCAAUCGCGUCAAGACUGCCGGUCAGGGCCCCAAACGCAAGUCCGGGAGUGCGGUCGACGCCAAUGGUCUGCCGACUUCGAUAUCCGAAGCAGGGACUCCUCCCCUGGGGGGAUCUCAUGGAUACCGCCGCGCGUCACGUAAGGCCUCCCCAGGCCAUUCGGACCGUUCCACUUCGCCAGUCCCCCGAACAGACACUCCGGGUGUCCCGUCCAUGCACCAAGCGCACCACCCGACGCCGCAUAAUUCCAAUAUCGCGCCGCAGCACAUGUUCGACAGUGUGACCCUCGUGGAACAUGGGCUGAAUACCUCCAACGGUCUUGCUCCCAGUCAAGUGCGUCAGCCGUCUCCCACGUCGAACUCGGCGGUUGAGGAUCGUCACCUGGAGACGCCCCAGACAUACGAGGGCCUACUCGCGGCGAACACCUCGUUGAAGACCCGCGUGAGCGAGUUGGAGUUCAUCAAUGAGCUGUUCCGGGGCCGGGUGACGGAACUCGAGCAAAGUAAUGCGACGGCACGCCGGUCGGAAAUGAUUGUUCGGGACUCCGAAGUGCGCCUUCGACGCUCCCUCGACGAGGCCCAGCGGCGGGAAGAUGACCUGAAGCGACGCGUCGCAGAGAUGGAGCAUCAACUCUCGGAAGCCACCAACUCUGCCGAGCCUGUAGCCAAGCGGAUAAGACUGUCUGAUGUGGUAGAACAACCGGCGGAGUCUCCCACAAAAUCGCCCAAGAGCGUUUGA